AUGGAUGAAACGAACAAUACAAUUGAAACAUUAAAAAAUAAAAUAAUCAACCUAGAGGACAACAUGAAUGAGCUAGCGCAAUACUCCAGGAAAUCUCAUAUUCGUAUUUUUGGAGUGCCGGAAAGUGAAGGGGAAGUUGAGAUAGCCCAGGAUAUUUUCCGAAAUAAACUCAACAUACAGUUCGAUCUCAUUAUAGACGCAGCUCAUAGAGUUGGCAGAUUUAAUACCCCCGACCUAAGUAAACCUGGGGUAACGAUCAGACCCAGAGGUAAAAUCGUAAGACUUUUGAGGAGAGACCAUAAGCAAGCCAUAAUAACGGCCAGAAGAAAACUAGCUGUAAGCUCCAUAUCAAUAUGUGAAGACAUGACUCUUACAAAUGUGAAACUUUUAAAAGAAACUCAAACAUAA